AAUGAGCAAAGUGCGUUUGCGCAGAAUUAAAUUAUUCUUUUAUUUAAGUUUUUUUUUAAUUUUAACGUGUAGAAUACGAGUUACUAUAGAGUAGUAAAAUAUUUGUUUGUUUUAUUUGUGUUUAAAGUGAUAAUAUAGUGAAUGUUAUUCUUGUCAUACUUUGUAUUAAGAAUAUAAAUAUUAUUAUAUUAUCUUCGUUAUAUAUUUUUGUUUGUGUGUGUGAAAUAUCAAGUGAUUGUGUUUAACAUAAGAAAUGGAUUCUACAAGUAUUAGUAUGGAGAACAAAUCGGAAUGCGGAUCUUGUAUGGCGUCGAAUGCCACUCUUACAGCGAAGAACGAAGAACUCAACUAUAAUCCCUUUGAACAUAGAAAUGUUCCUCAUCCUACAUCAACAGCCGGCUCUUUCUUCCACCUGCUCAAGUCCUCUUUGGGCUCCGGAUUGCUCGCCAUGCCAGCUGCCUUCAAACACACGGGGAUCAUACCAGGGUGCAUUGGGACGGUGCUAGUGGGAAUAAUAGCCACGCACUGUGUCCAGAUCUUGGUAAAAACGUCUCGAGAUAUUUGUCAAGAAUGCAAAAUGGCCUCCCUGAGUUACACCGAUACUUGUGUAAAAGUAUUCGAGCGAGGACCGAAGAAAUUGAGAAAAUAUACAGAAGUUGUACGGCAUUUCGCUGACUACGCCAUGGCUGGCGUCUGUCUCGGCGGCACUAGCGUCUACGUCAUCUUCAUUGCUUCUUCCUUGAAGGAUAUAAUCGACCACUUCGCGCCCGACCAUCAAUUCUCCGUCGAAGCAUAUUGCGGCAUCCUCCUCCUGCCCCUCGUGCUGAUCACACAAGUACGCUAUCUAAAGUUCCUGGUGCCCUUCUCUGUGAUUGCCAAUCUGUGUCUAGUACUGACCUUCGGCGUGACCUGCUAUUAUACAUUUGUGGAUCUGCCUGAAGUAAGCAAUGCGAAAUUGGCAGCUGACAUCGGAGAAUGGCCUUUGUUUUUGAGCACAGCAAUAUUCGCAAUGGAGGGAAUCAACGUAGUGAUGCCAGUUGAGAACGAAAUGGCCAAACCAGAACACUUCCUGGGUUGUCCUGGCGUGUUGAACAUCACUAUGGUGUUAGUAGCGGCGUUGUAUGGCGUCGUGGGACUCUUUGGUUACAUUAAGUAUGGGGAGGAGGUCCUGGGAAGUAUAACGCUGAAUCUACCGCAGGAUGACAUAUUAGCGCUAUCUGCAAAGAUUUUAGUCGCCGUGGCUGUGUUCUUCACAUAUUGCCUGCAAAUGUACGCACCCAUGGACAUCCUAUGGUCAAGGAUAAGCAGCCGAAUUAGCCAGGGUUAUCAUAACAUCACCCAGAUCUUACUUAGAACCCUGAGCGUCACUCUUACCGUGAUCUUGGCGGUGGCAGUCCCCGACUUGGAGUUACUAAUCGGUUUGGUUGGUGCCAUAUUCUUUUCAACCCUCGGGCUCCUCAUACCCGUAGUCGUACAAACAGUAUAUAAAUGGGAUAAGGACCUCGGAAAGUGGUAUUACAUUCUAUGGAAGAAUAGUUUAUUACUUCUGUGCUAUUUGACUGUCCUUAUAUCGGGAUGUUAUUCUGCUAUUUCACAGAUUAUAGUUAAGUUGAGUUGAUUUUAGAUUAGGGAUGUAAAUAGACAAAUUUUAAAGUUAAGGAGUAGUUA